AUGGAUAACUAUACUGGUUUAAUAAUCUUCCCCCCUCCUCCUCCUCCUCCUCCUCCUCCUCCUCCUCCUCCUUCAUUAUCUUCAUCAUCUUCUGCUUCCUCUUUGUCAAUGAACAUGUCUAGUAGUAGUAAUGCUACUACUUCUCAUGGGUUAUUCUCAGAAAUGGAGAAUAUUAGUAUGGAAAUUGGGUCUGUAGAUCUUCCAAAAAGAAGCUUAGCUGGGUCUGAAAUUGAAAAAGAAGUGGUAGUGGAGAGAUCAGGAGGGAGUAAUAUGAAGAAGAAGGGAGCAGAGAAGAAGGUGAAGAAACCAAGACAUGCUUUUCAAACAAGAAGCCAAGUUGAUAUACUUGAUGAUGGUUAUAGAUGGAGAAAGUAUGGCCAGAAAGCUGUCAAAAACAACAAAUUCCCCAGAAGCUACUAUCGAUGUACUCACCAAGGAUGCAAUGUGAAGAAACAAGUACAAAGAUUAGUAAAAGACGAAGGAGUUGUGGAGACAACAUAUGAAGGAAUGCAUUCACAUCCCAUUGAAAAGCCUAGUCAUGAUAACUUUGACCAUAUCUUGUCUCAGAUAUGCAAUUCUACACUUCUUCCUUCUGAUUCCAUAUAAACUAACUAAUUAAUUAAUUAAUUAAUUAAUUAAACUUUCCUUAUAAUAAAUAAUAAGCCAAGUUUAAUUAAAUCCUCUCUCUGUCAUCUGUGUAUCUCUUUAUGGAUAUAAUAGAUAUAGUGGUGUAUUUCAAUUUGUUUUCUUUGGAUUAAGAAAAUGUACCUGAUUGGGUUAGCUUUGGAGCAUGCACGAAAGGGUUCAAGUAUGAGACAAUAUACAUGUGA